UUAGAAAGAUUUGCGAGAUAUGUUGGGUACGACACCUCUUACAUACCAUACUAAUUGACUACUUCUCCUCCGGUAAUUAAAGUCUCAACCAUUUUGAGCGAGAAAAGUUUUUUUUUUCUCCGUAUCCUUCCACAUUUCUACAAAAACCUUCUAAUUUAAGGGUAUUUUACUAUUUCACAGAUCACUUUUCUAUUUCGUUUUUGAACGCUUUACGAUUUUGUACUAUGUUUCGUAGGAGAGCACUUGGCCCAGCAAACCAAAUAGCCAGUAUCUUGAGAGCCAAUGUUCGAUCGAAAGCUUCUCCCUUUCAAUACAGGCUAGACGGCCGCAGAAUGAUUGCUGGAAAGCAAACUGCAACCCAGCAUUCUUGGAGAAGUAUGCUUUCCGUAAGAGCUGCUACAGUGGCAGCCGUAACUAGUGUUGGCUUAUAUUUUUACCUUCAAAACGAGAAACAAAAGGCUAUAGAGGUAAAGAAGGAAAAGGCAUUGUCUACCGUCGGUAGACCAAAGCUCGGUGGAUCCUUUUCGUUGUUAAAUCACCAUGGUGAAAGAGUUACGGAUGAAAAUUUCAAGGGCAAGUUUUCCAUAGUUUACUUUGGCUUUACUAGAUGUCCCGACAUUUGCCCUGAUGAAUUGGAUAAACUUACUGCUGCCAUUGAAAUCGUAAACAGCGUUGUUGGAGAUGUUUUGAACCCUUUGUUUAUCACUUGUGAUCCUGCUAGAGAUCCUCCAUCUGAAAUGGCCCAAUACUUGUCGGACUUUCAUCCCAAAAUCACUGGUUUAACCGGCACCCAUGAUGAAAUUAAAGAUAUUUGCAAAAAGUUCCGUGUCUAUUUCUCCACACCCAAAGACGUUGAUCCAACAAAAGACGAUUACCUAGUGGAUCAUUCUGUCUUUUUCUAUUUGAUGGACCCUAAUGGACAAUUCGUGGAAGUGUUUGGUCGUAAUUCCACUGCUGAGGACAUGGCUCGUGCUAUUGGAUCUUAUGCUCUUUCCUGGAAAAAAGAUAAUAAAAUUUAAAAUGAAAAAAUAUUUGCCUCUCCUCUUACUGAAUUCGCCGUCUGCAGUACACAACGGUGUUUCUGAUGAGUGAGUUUGGACGAAAAAAAAAGCCUACUCUAUCUUUUCUAUGAGGAUUUAAUCUGCUGUUAAUGUCUUUCUUCUUGACUUUUGAUACUUUAAUACUUUUCCAGAUGAUAGUGUCGAUUUCCAAAAAAUAAUAUGGCUCAAAAGGUAGCUUCACUACACUAUUCAAAUUAUUCAAUUUAUGAAACGUUUAUAACACGUUUAAUCAAUUAGAUACUUCAGAAACGAAAGUUCUUCAUUUUCUUUUCUGCUCAUCCCAAUAUUUACU